AUGUCGAAAGAAGGGGAAAAGCCUGCUGCAGGCGCAGGUGUAGCGGCUAGCUCAUCGAAGCCACAACAAGCCGAUCAGUCCAAUGGCCAACCCAAAGAUGCUCCCGUCGCCGGACCCUCAGCGGCCCCUGGCGAGAAGAAGCUCUCCGGCGCGGAGCUGAAGAAGAAGGCAAAGGAGGAAAAAGCUGCGCGCCGCAUGCAAGCAAAGGCGGCACAGACGGCUGCCGCACCACCAGGCGCGGCGGCUGCGGCGGCUGCUGCUGCUGCGGCGGCCAAGGGCAAGGGCAAGCAGGACGGUGGCGCGGGAGCUCACGGUAGCAAGACGGCAUCUAAGGCGGCGUCGACGGCACCGCCCAAGUCCAAGGCGACGGUGCCCGAGUGCUUCAGCCACCUCUCCAUGGCGAAGCGCAUGAAGAUUACCCAGGCGGACAAGGACGUGCAUCCAGUCAUCCUGCAGCUGGGCCAGCAGAUGAGCACCUUUGCCAUCUCCGACAGCAUCACACGAGCAGAGGCCACACUUCUCGCCUUUAAAAAGGUCAUCGAAUCGUACACAACCCCCCACGGUGCCACCCUCUCGCGCCACCUGACCUCCGUCGUGCUAAAGAACCAGAUCGAGUACCUGACCGCCUGCCGGCCGAUGUGCUUCUCUAUGGGCAACGCCGUGCGCUGGCUGAAGCUGCAAAUCUCAAAGGUCGACAUCGACCUGCCCGACGCCGACGCCAAGAAGCAGCUGUGCUCCGCCAUCGACGCCUUCGUCCACGAGCGCGUCACCCUCGCCGACCUCGUCAUCGUCGAGACCGCCGCAGCGCUCCUCACCGACGACGACGUCGUCGUCACCUACGCGCACCACCACCUCGUCGAGCGGGCGCUGCUGCGCGCCCGCGCCGUCCACGGCCGCCGCUUCCGCGUCGUCCUCGUCGACGACCCCUUUGAGCGCGUCGGCCUCGCCCACGCCGAGCGCCUCUCCGCCGCCGGCGUGCCCGUCGCCUACUCCCACGACCUCGGCGCGCUGCGCGCCAACCUCCAGGGCGCCACCUGCGUGCUCGUCGCCGCCGAGGCCAUGUUCAGCAACGGCGCCGUCUACGCCCGCGCGGGCACCUCGGACAUUGCCGCCGUCGCCCGCGACCUCAACCUGCGCGUCGUGGCGCUCUGCGAGAGCAUCAACUUCACGGAGCGCGUCUCGGCCGACGCCCUCACGUACAACGAGAUCGACCCGGAGCGCAACUCGGGCGAGGCGUUCCGGCUGCUCUUCGACACCACCACGGACAAGUUCAUCUCCAUGGUCGUCACGGAGCUCGGCAAUAGCUCCGCCAAGUCUGUGCCGGCGAUUCUUAGGAAGCUGGAGGAGCUGUAG